CUCCACAUAGCCAAGCCUAGCCAGGAAAGCCGGCAACAGCCACUCCCAAGCAUUUCGUGUCUGUCAUUCGAGCGGUCUUGAUCGGGAUCAAAGCGAAGGGGAAUUCAUCAGUGUUUAUAAGAUUUUCGACAGUUUCUUGAUCAAAUAAACCGCAACAAUGGCACCCCAAUAUUACCAUGUACAGUGCACCCCAACCGUGUACCCCGCCGAUCCGUUUGAUGCGGAGGCAGAUGCGACCCUCUUGAGAACCGCGAUGAAAGGAUUCGGAACAGACGAGCAGGCUAUAAUUGAUGUUCUGGGUCGCCGUGGAAUAGUCCAGCGUUUAGAAAUUGCCGAAAAAUUCAAGACGAUGUACGGAAAAGAUUUGAUAUCCGAAUUGAAGUCCGAGCUUGGAGGACAUUUCGAAAAGGCCAUCGUAGCCCUGAUGACUCCUCUUCCAGAGUUGUACGCCCGUGAAAUACACGAUGCUAUUUCUGGAAUCGGUACGGACGAAGGUGCUCUCGUCGAGGUCCUGGCAUCUCUCAGCAACUACGGCAUCAAGACUAUUUCUGCCGUUUACAAGGAUCUGUACGGCAACGAACUUGAAGAUGACCUGAAGGGUGAUACGUCAGGCCACUUUAAGAGGCUUCUGGUCUCCCUUAGUACAGCUAACAGAGACGAGUCACCCGACGUUGACGUUGAUGCAGCGACCGCUGAUGCAGAGAGGCUCCUCGAGGCCGGGGAGGGUCAAUGGGGAACCGAUGAAAGUACAUUUAAUGCUAUCUUGAUAAGCAGAAGCUAUCCUCAGCUUCGUAAGAUAUUCCAAGAGUACGAGCGACUCUCAGGGUCCGACUUGGAAGACACCAUCAAGAAAGAAUUUUCUGGCUCCAUCGAGGAUGGCUACCUUGCCGUUGUCAAGUGCGCCCGAGACAAGACUGGUUAUUUCGCCGAAAGAUUACACAAAGCAAUGGCUGGUAUGGGAACAGACGACACUACCCUGAUCCGUAUUAUCGUCUUGCGCUCUGAAAUUGAUCUGGGUGACAUUAAGGAAGCGUAUGAGCAGAUAUACGGCCAAUCACUGGCAGGAGACAUUGAUGGUGACUGUUCGGGAGACUACAAGAGACUGUUGCUUACUCUGAUCGGCUAAGAAUAUACUAAUUUCUUGUUGCACUUUAUGUUGUUCAAUAUACAAAAGUGACUGCAGCGAUGAUUUAAAAAAGCUUCUACUCGCCCUUCUCAAUUAAUAUUAAGUGAAUCAAAUUUAUUUGAAAUUUGAAUUAUUGUUCAGAAAAAAUUCCACUACAUUUUACUAUUAUUAUUAAACUUCAUGUAAUCUUCAUAAGUAACAAUAAACAAGUUCACCUUAAA